AACAAUAUUGGUUUACACCAGUAAACUAUAAAUCUGGUAUCAAAAGUCAAAUUUGAGUAAACGUUGAAAUAUCAAGACCGCACUUUAGGAUCUGUUUUGGUUAACUUGACCAAAAAUGAAUCGAACGUUUCUUUUUGUGCUUGUAACAAUUUUCAAGUUCAAUCCUAUUCUAAGUUUGAAUGUGCUGGGAAUUUCUUCAUGUUUCACUGGACAUCUUACCCCAAUGGUUGGUAUAUUUCGUGCACUUAGGGCUAAGGGUCACGAAGUAGAUGUUUUAAUGGGCGCCGAUUGCUGUGACUCAAAAGUUGCAGGGUUAUUCAAAAACGUUUCGAACUGUUAUUUUACACCCAUUUUUGAGUCACAUACAAUUGUCGCGAAUACCCAAUUUGAAGGACUGAUGAAUUUGAAGGAGUUAUUCGCAGAAAAUGGAACCAAAAUAGCUUUCCAUCAAACGCACAAAUUUUUGACGGAACAUCCGGAUUAUGACGUAAUAGUUUCGGAUUACGUUCUGUUGGGAUCGUAUCUGGCCGCCGAGUUACAUAGUAUUCCUGUUGUGGCUACUUUUGGAGGUCCUUUCGUGCAGCUGUUGCAACACCAGCCUUUGGUCAAACGGAACAUCAUAUACAUGCCCGAAACUGUUUUGCCUGACUUUGCCGUCGAAAUUAUAGGACUGGUUGGUAAUAUUGUUUGGCAUUUUCUUGUGUCCGAAGAAGUAUACAAAGCAGUUGGCGAUAUUCAGGAAGAAUUUGAUAUGGUUCCAAAAAUACGAAGCUCAGGGCUUAAUUAUGGUCUUCCUUUUUAUUACUUUUAUAUGCACACGAAUCUUAUUCACACCGGACCGCCUGACGUUUUCCUUCCGGGUCUUGAGUAUCUGGAAUUCAAAACAAAUGCUCAUCACGUUGGCUUCAUUCCAGAUGAAACAUCUUUCAAGUCUUUGAGCCCAGAGCUGGAAUCUUUUCUCCAAAAGUCGAACAAACCUGUAGUUUAUAUGUCACUCGGAACCGUUUUCAAAAUAGAAGUCUCAAAAUUGGAAGCACUUCUUGCUGAUUUUGCAGACCAGGAGAUGUAUUCUGUCAUUUGGGCUGUAUCUGAGGGCUAUGAGGAGUUGAAGAGUAAAGAAUUGGAUGGUGGAAAUGUACUCCUGGUUACAAAAAUAGCACAGUUUUCGUUACUUAUGCUUGAAAAGGUGCAGGUCUUCAUAACCCAUGCAGGUGCCAACUCGCUGCAAGAAGGAAUCUACUCCACCACGCCUAUGUUAGUUUUCCCUGGAUUCGGUGACCAACCCAUGAAUGCUUGUCAGCUAGUGGAUCUCAAUUUGGCUUUGCCUCUAAUCGAACUUAACUUUAGAGAAAUUUCACGGAAACUUGGAAUGAUUCUCGAUAGCCAAACUUACACAGAAAUGAAGGGUAGGCUCAAGAAAAGUAAAGAUUUAAUGACGUCAUUUGGUGGCUAUAAAAAAGCGGCUGAAUUGGUUGAGCAAGUUCAACGAGGCGUGAUCAAAGUCAUCGAUCCACCUGCAUUGGUUGAUUUAAACUGGUUCCUGGUUUAUAUUCCUGCAAUGAUGUUCGGAGUGUUUGUUCUGCUGCCGACAAUAUUGUUUUGGACCUGGAUGAUACGAAUUUGCUGCCGAAAUGAUAAAAACAAAAAAGAUUGAAUCCAAAUUUCGGUAUUUUAAAAUAUCCUAGUUAUUAAUAAAUU